GCUUUUGCUGCGGAAAGAGGAACCGACAGCUGAGCGGGGCAGAAGGACGCAGCUGUCCGAGUGUUGGUGCCUCUGAGCCGGACACACUUCAGCAGAGCUCCGCAGGAAUAUCAUGAUGGAGGCAACUGACGGAGAAGACCUGAUUAGGGACUCUGAUCAGCUCAUACCGCCUCCCAAUGGCGGCAUGAACGAACUGCUGAACGUGGGGCAGGAAGACAGCAUCCAGGGCCAGAUGGAUGAGUUUUUGGGCCCCCAGGCCGAAUACAACGAGGAGGAGGAGGAGAGGAAAUACUACCGGAGGAAGAGGCUGGGAGUCAUCAAGAACGUCGUCUCGGCCAGUGUUGGAGCCAUGAUUGUGUACAGUGUGUACAUGGGUCUGCUACAGAUGCAGCUCAUCCUUCAUUAUGACAUGACCUACCGUGAGGUGAAGUACAGCAACCUGGGCCUGGAGGACAUCGACAAGAAGAUGCUGAUGGGCAUCAACGUCACUCCGAUCAUCGGCCUCCUGUACACGCCCGUACUCAUCAGGUUUCUAGGUACCAAGUGGAUGAUGUUCCUGGCUUCGGGAAUCUACGCCCUCUUUGUCUCGACCAACUACUGGGAGCGUUACUACACCCUGGUUCCAUCAGCCGUAGCUAUCGGCGUGGCCAUUGUGCCGCUCUGGGCCUCUUUGGGAAACUAUAUCACAAGGAUGGCGCAGCAGUACUACGAAUACGCCAACUACAAGGAGGAGCACGUCCAGGAGCAGAAGAAGCUUCCAAAGGGAGCGUGUCACAGCUACAUCAUCGUCUUCCAGUCCAUCUUCAACAUCAUCUUCAGCCUGAGUUUCGUCUUCGCCGAGCUGCCCAUGUGUCUCAUCCUCAACGGCUACCUGCAAGACAAGGACCACGUUCUCUUGAAUGUCAAAAAAUGCGGAGCUGGAAUCAGCGGCGUGGUUCCCGGGUUCAACACCACCGUGCUGACCAACCUACCUCGCUCCAUGCUGCUCAUCCAGGUGGAGAGCGUCCUCAUGGGCUUCGCCUUCCUCGCCAUGAUCAUAUUCCUGGUGCUGUGUGGCCCCGCCUACCGCCCCACGGAGGAGAUCGACCUCCGCAGCAUCGGCUGGGGAAACAUCUUCCAGCUGCCUUUCAAACACCUGAGGGACUACCGGCUGCGGCUGCUCUGCCCCUUCUUCAUCUACAGCGGCUUCGAAGUGCUGUUUGCCAUCAAGGGAUUCUCUCUGUCCUACGGUGUCUGCGCUUUGGGCUUGAAGAAACUGUGGCUCCUCGUAGUCGUCUACGGCCUCUCCUGUUCCGUAUUUUCCUCCCUCUCCCUUUGCCUCCUGCGUCUCCCGCGCUGGCUGUGCCUGGUGGGGGGCGCCGCCGUGCACGUGGCCCUCCUGGUGGCUCUGAUGGUGUUUUCUCCAGAGCCCAGGGACCAGAGUUACCAGGGCCCUCUGCUCGUGAUCUCGGUGCUGUGGGGACUCGGCACCGCUCUGAACAAGACCGGUGUCAGCACUCUGCUCGGGAUGCUGUAUGCUGAGGAAAAAGAACGUCUGGACUUCGUGUACACCAUCUACCACUGGUUCCAGGCCAUCGCCAUCUUUAUAGUCUACCUCUGGUCCAACCUGCCCAUGAGGGCCAAACUCUCCAUCCUGCUGGCCACCGUGCUGCUGGCCUGCUACUGCUACUGGGUGAUGGAGCGCCGCCUGGCCAGGAAAGUACCGUACAGGCUGCCGCGCAUCCCUCGGCCACGACACAAGGUCAAAGGCUACCGCUACCUGGAAGAGGACAACUCCGAUGAGUCAGACUCGGAGUGGAGUGAGGAGGAUGACGAAGAGGAGAAGGGGGAGGAGGAUGAAGAGCAUGUUGUGGAGGAGAUGGGGGCAGAGGACUGGGAGGAAGGAGGCCAUGACGCCGGGGCCUGGGGGGCUGACUCACCCAGAGCCAGGAGGAGGGGAGCCGAGGGCAACCGGCAACGUCGGGUGGGAAACCCUGUGAGGGAGGGCGAGAGGAAGGAGCAAGAGGAAGGCUGAUGGAGGAGGAAGUAGGAAAGAUGGUGGACAGCAGACGGGAGGGGAAGGCGGUUAGAGACGCACUGGAUUCAGUCGCAUUCAGGACUCCAUUCAUACCUUUACAGAUAAUGCAAAUCUUACAUGCUACACUAAACACAACAAACAAGGCAUAAGCUUCAAUUGGAAAACUAUAAUUGGAUCCAUAAAAAGGGUCCAUUAACUGCAAAUACUACAGCGCCGAUAUAAAGUAUUCACCUCCUGUGGAAGUUUUCCCCUUUUAUUGCUUUUUAAAUACUGAAUCAUAGUCAAUAUGAUUUGGGUUUAUUUUUGACAGCAAUUUACAAAAAAAAGUCUUUUAUCUUCUGCUGACAAUAGAUUCGUACAAAGUAAUGCAAAUCAAUUGAAAACAUAAGAUGUGUAAAAUAAGUGAUUGCGUAACCAUUCAACAACCUCUAAAGUGACCUACGUAAUUUAACACAGGUGCAGCUGACUGAAGUUAGAAGACAUGCAAUUAAUGAACCAGAGAUCAUCUGAAUGCAGGGCAGGUGUCUCAGAUGACUGUAGUAUAAACACACCUGUAUCUGGAAGGUCACUGGUGAAUCAGCACUCCUGGUUAUAUCUACGCCAUGAAGACCAAAUUUCGAAGUCACUGAGUAUUCCCUAGAGUACAGUUAAAUCCACCUUUAAGAAAUGUGAAGAAAAUGUGACGUGUAAAUCUGCCUAUUAAAGGUCGUCCUCAAAAACCGAGUGACCAAGCAAGAAAGAGACUCAUGAGGGAGUCCACCAAGACCCCUAUGACUCCCAUGACGGACUUACAAACUGUACAGACUGUACAACAACUGCUGUCUGUUCAACAGUCAAAGCUGUAUGGGAAAGCUCAAAUUAUUCCAAACUAGAGUUUGCCAGAACACAUGUGGGGAGACUCUAAGUCACCUAGAAGAACGUUCUUUGGUCUGAUGACACUGAAGUUGAGUUUUUGAUUGCUGUGGUUGGUGGACAGCAAACAUUGCACAUUAUCACUAACAUCCCCAUUUAGAAGCAUUGAAGUGGCAGCAUCAUGAUGUGGGGAUGCUUAUCAGCAGCAGGCCCUGGAAUGCUUGUAAAGCUACAGGGUAAGGAAAAACCUGACAGUUUGGCAAAGAAGACUGUAGUAAAAUUGUCCAGAUGUUCAGAGUGACUGAGACCUGUCCACACAGGCUCAAUGCUGUAAUUACAGUCUAAGGUGCAUCGACUAAAUACUGACGUCAAGGUGAAGUGAAUACUUAUGCAAUCACUUAUUUUAAGUUUUAUUUUUUAAAUUUAUUUACGUUACUUUGUCAUUCAAAAAAUAAAAUAAAAUAAAAUAAACUCACAACAGGGGUAUACACUUUUUUAGGAACUGUAUUUUGCUAUUUUACAUUUAAACCUCAUGUCUUGGAUAAAACAUGUCUACAGCUCAGACUACAACAUCGUACUUGUAUUUUACUUUUGCUGCACAGUUUGCAGCUUAUAUUUAAUUUGCUGGAAGUGCUUCAUAAGUAGAAACCAUACUCUGAGCUGGUUUAAUUUAAAACAAGCGUUUAUCUACAAAAAAAAUGUGAAAAAAAAGUAACAGGAACAUUUUCGGACUUGAUUUUCUCAAUGGAACCACAAAGUGAAAUGAGUGUGUGUGUUUAAGGUAAUAUUAGUUUUUUUUCAAAAUGCCUUAAUAAUGCAAUACAUGUGUAGUUAUGCAGCUCUGCAGAUAUUUGGUAGAAGCAGACGUUUUCAGAGAGUCUGUAUGAUCCAGCUGGAUUUGGAUUUUCUGUCUUUUUCGUUUUUUAUUUUAAUCCUUACCUUUUGUAUGCACAUUUGUCAGAGAAAACAAGCUAACUCAGCAAAUUAUCAGAAGCUAAAGUAUCUCAAGGGCUGAGUAAAAUGUGCCUUUUGCAGAAAAUGAAUGUAUAUUUUUAUUCAAUAUGCAGAAGAUGCAGAAGUUCAGUCGCAUGUGACCGUUAGUAGUGAGGUAUGCAUUUCAGCAAACAGUGGCCUCAGGGGUAUUAUGGUUUGUAAUAUGAAGUCUCUCACAAAUGUUUUUAAUAAAAUAAUAUUUAACUCAGCAA